GAAUGAAACAUCUGUUGGUGGCCAAAUUUAUCAUGUUAAUGAUCGGAUUGUGGAGGUUACCCUUGGAGUCUUUAACUGACGCUCAGAAUUUAAUAUAUAAAUGCCAUUCCGUCUUUAUGCAAUCGUAUUUCAUAUGCUUUGUCGUCGCCUUAUACUUGGGAAUUUUUCCACUUGGAAAGGUCAACAUAGAAAAGACUAUGGAAGGAUUAGCGAUAACAAUUUUGUGUACAAUUGUCACUAUAAAAGCUUACAUUUGUCAAAGAAAAGGAUUUACUGAAAUAAUUAGUUACAUUGUGAACUACGAAAAUAAAAUUAAAGAUCUAGACGAGGAAAAUUAUAUUGUUUACAAAAGUUACGCUUUGUACACAAAAAAAAUAUGUAUCACUCUAUUUACAUAUUCAUCUUUGUGUGGUGUAACUCUUGUGAUCAGCAAAUUUAUUCUCUAUACUCAACAGUUAAAAAAUAAUAACGAACUUGACGUCGAAAUAGAAAAACCAUUACCUUAUGUGGUAUGGCGACCGGUAGAUGAGAAAGACCACUAUUUUACUGCAUUUUCUCUAGACACUUUAUCAGCAAUUAUUGGCUGCACCUUCAACACAGUUACUCAGUUAAUAUUCCUUUCGAUUAUGACUUUUAUAGCCGGUCAAUUGGAGAUACUGCAAAGGCGAUUUAAACGUUAUGGAUCUUUAUGUUCCCAACAUGAUACAUUCGAAAAGAAAUUCGAAAUACUGAAAAGUUUAAUUGUGGAACAUCAGCAACUCAUCGCAUAUAUAGAAAAACUGGACGAAAAUAUGAAGUACCUGAUUCUGCUGGAAUAUAGUAUAAACUCUUUGUUAAUUACAUCAGUGCUGUAUCAAAUUUUGUUUUUUAAGGUUGAUGCUAGAAUUCUAUUUAGCGUAACAUAUUUAGGUUGUAUGUUAUUCCAAAUGUUUUUAUUAGCCUAUCAUGGAAAUGAAAUAAAAAUCCAGAGUAUAGGAGUAUCGCAAGCUGUAUACGAAAGCGAAUGGGAUGACGUUCCGGUAAAUCUAAGACGUAUUUUAAUGCUGGUAAUGAUAAGAGCUCAACGACCGUUAAAAAUAUCUGUUGGACCAUUUUUCAUAUUGACAACUGACACAGCAGUAACGUCAGUGAAAGCUGCUUAUUCGUAUUUCACACUGCUGAAAAAUGGCGAAGGAAGAAAAUAAAGCCAUAACAUUUAUAAAAAUUGUUUGAUAAAUUUAUUUAUUAGAAAGAUUUUCUUUUGGGACAUGGAUCAAAAUAGCACCUAUAAAUAGACAAGGAUUUCUCAACACUAUUUUAGUUAACUUAUAAAUGCAAUAUGUAUAUUAAGUGAAGAGAUGUUUCAUCUCUAAUAAAAG